AUGACACAACAAACUAAUGAUGAAUGGACAAUUCUCGAGAAACUAUUAUUAACACAAGCAGUUUAUAAAUAUGGGGAAAAUAUGUGGUUUCAAGUGGCACGUGUAUUAAAACAACAUAGUUUAAUUCAGCAACAAGGAAUUCAACGUUCAUCUGAUUUUUAUAAUGAAAAGAAUUGUUCUUUGCAAUAUUAUUUACUUGUCGAGAAUAUGGGUUCAGAAAAACAUGAACUCAAUAAUGACAUGCCUGUGGUUGUCCGGCUUGCUAGACAAUUAUAUUUACAACGUGUAGAGGAAAUAAAAAAACGACUUGAAAGAGAUCAAGAAGAAUUUAACCAACUUGCUACUGAAAUUUGUUCUAUUAAAUCAGGUCAAUGGGAUCAGAGAUUAACCGAGCAAUCAACUAUUAACGAUAAAUUAAACGAUAACAUGAUAUCUUUGGCAAAUAAUCCAUUAUCAAAUCCCAACAAUUCUCUAGAAGACGAUGAACAGCAGCUGAAAAAUUGGCGGAAAACUAUUUAUAUUUUAUGGCAACAGAUUGCUAAUAGCAAAACUGGAACUAUGUUUUUAAAUCCUGUUAAUAAUAGAAAAGAGCCAUUCUACAACAAAGUAGUUAUCAAAACAACGCGUGAAUUCGAAAGAGAUAUCGUAUUGAUGCUGACCAACUCACUUAUGUAUAAUAAAGAAGGAAGUGAACGAUAUUUGCUGACACUGAACAUGUUGGAAGAUGUAAGAGAACAAUUUGAAAUAUACAAUGAUCUUUUUUCAAACAAAUGA